AUGACCAAAAAGUAUCACCAUCAGCUUCAAAUUUUCAUGAAAGAUGUGAUGAAGAGAAAUGAAUUGACUGCAUCUCUUGGAAAUGAUGAAUUAGUCUUCAUCCUGAUAAGCUUAAAGCUUUCGGUUUUUAUUGGAGAUAUACUUGCUGCUAAUUCAUCUCACAGUGAGUUCUUCAAUCUGUCGAAGCAAUUUUGGAGUAUUACACCAGAGCCAUUUAAGGAACAUGUUCAGUCGGAAGUUUUUGGAUAUAAUGCUUGUAAUACCUCCACCAAGAACAAGGAUAUAGAGGAUCAUUGGAAAGGCAUUUGGAAUCUGAGUGUUACUAAAAGAAUAAGGGUUUUUGUGUGGAUGAUAUAUCAUAAUGGAAUCAAAACCAACCAAUAUCUAAACCACUUGAAUCUUCCAGAUAAUUUGUGUGAUUACUGUGAUGGAAAAUGUAGUAGUGUUGUAGCUGAGCUUUGGUGA